GUCGGGUCGCGGGCAUACGGGCGAGCGCGCGCGCGCUGGGUGCCGGGGCUAGACUUCAGUCCCGGACGCGCUGUGCAGUGGGGAGCGUGUGGGAGUCUCACCGGCUGCUGGGAGGGGAGCACCAGAAACUGUCUCUGGGAGCAGGAAAAAAAAAAAGCAAAAAGCAAGGAAAAAAAAGAGACCUCAAGUCAAACUGCUAUUCAGCCAGAAUCAGAAGAAGACGUGGGUGGGGGCAGCGGAGAGACCUGAAUCUGUAUUAAAAUACUGUUCCCAGGAGGCAAUUUUUGCUGAAGAUCCCUCCUUGGGGCGGGUCUGUCUGAGAAAACUUCACAGAGUCAGCAGAAAGUGAAUCCCCUGUGUGUCCUUUGCCCUGUAUGCUGUCUCUAAGGCUCUGCUGAAGAGGCCUAUGGCAUAAAAGAGUAAAAGAAAAAAAAAAAUCUUACACCAGAAGACCAUUUUACAAGUCCCCUGCAUGACACUUACUUAAGCAUUGCCCACGGAUCCAUUGUGGCAACAAGGAAAGGAAAUUCAGUUUGCCUGUCUCAGCAGGAAUUAAACUAAUGCAGCUUAAAAUCAUGCCCCCAAAGAAGAGCUUAUCUGUAUGCCGAGCUUCUUUGAUUCUCUUCCUGUGCCAGGUGAUGAAUGCCCUGGAAGUCCCUCUUGAUCAACUUGAAAAUUUGGUGCAACCUCCAACCAUCAUUCAUCAAUCUCCGAAAGAUUACAUUAUUGACCCCCGAGAAAAUAUUGAAAUCCAAUGUGAGGCAAAAGGAAAGCCACCUCCCAGCUUCUCCUGGACACGCAAUGGGACUCAUUUUGACAUAGACAAAGAUCCCCUAGUGAAAAUGCUGCCCAACUCAGGAACCCUUGUCAUCAGCAUUACAAUUGAAGGGAAGGCAGAGGCAUAUGAAGGAGUCUAUCAGUGUACUGCAAGGAAUGAACGAGGGGCAGCAAUUUCUAAUAAUAUUGUCAUUCGCCCAUCCAGAUCUCCCUUGUGGACCAAAGAAAAACUGGAACAAAUCACAAUUCUGAAAGGGCAGUCUCUCGUACUUCCUUGCAGACCCCCACUCGGAUUACCACCACCUAUUAUAUUUUGGAUGGACAAUUCUUUUCAACGCCUUCCACAAAGUGAAAGAGUUUCCCAAGGUCUAAAUGGAGACCUUUAUUUUUCUAAUGUGCUACCAGAAGAUACUCGUGAAGAUUAUAUUUGUUAUGCAAGAUUUAAUCACACUCAGACCAUCCAGCAGAAGCAACCCAUUUCUGUGAAAGUACAUUCAAUGGAUGAAUUGAAUGACACUAUAACUGCUAAUUUGAGUGACUCUGAGUUUUACGGUGCCAAGUCCUAUAUUGAGAGGCCACCAAAGCUUUUAACUCCAGAAGGCCAAACAAGUCAUAAAGAAGAGUUACGAGAAAAUGUUCUUUCCCUAGAGUGUAUUGCAGAAGGCUUGCCCACUCCCUCGAUUAACUGGACAAAAGUAGAUGGAGAGCUACCCGUGAACCGGACAUUUUACAAAAACUUUAAGAAAACUCUCAAUAUCAUCCAUGUUUCAGAGGCAGACUCUGGAAAAUACAAGUGUACAGCAAGAAAUUCUUUAGGCUUUGUUGAACACACCAUUUCAGUCACAGUCAAAGCGGCCCCAUACUGGAUCACAGCUCCUAGAAACCUUGUACUCUCCCCUGGGGAAGAUGGGACUUUGAUCUGCAGAGCUAAUGGAAAUCCCAAACCCAGCAUUAGCUGGUUAACAAAUGGUGUUCCAAUCGAAAUGGCUCCUGAUGAUCCCAGCAGAAAAAUAGAUGGUGAUACUAUUCUCUUUUCUGAUGUUCAAGAAAGCUCCAGUGCUGUUUAUCAAUGCAAUGCUUCCAAUGAGUAUGGAUACUUGCUGGCAAAUGCAUUUGUGAACGUUUUGGCUGAACCACCACGGAUACUUACUGAAGCAAAUUUGCGCUAUCAGGUCAUUUCAGACAGGCCUGCUAUGUUAGAUUGUGCUUUCUUUGGUUCUCCCAUUCCUACCAUCGAAUGGUUUAAGGGAACAAAAGGAAGCGUUCUCCAGGAGGACACAUAUGUGUUUCAUGACAAUGGAACUUUGGAAAUUCCAGUGGCCCAGAAGGACAGUGCAGGCACAUACACGUGUGUAGUAAGGAACAAGUUAGGGAUGGCGAAAAAUGAUGUUCAUCUAGAAAUCAAAGAUCCCACCAGAAUCAUUAAACAGCCCGAAUACAAAGUUGUGCAAAGAGGUGGCAAAGUUUCCUUUGAAUGCACAGUGAAACAUGAUCCAACUUUAAUAACUACUCUCACUUGGCUGAAGGAUAAUGGUGAGCUGCCAAAUGAUGGAAGGUUCAGUGUCGAUAACGACCAUCUGCUUAUAAUGAACAUAAGUGAUGAAGAUGAUGCAACCUACACUUGUGUAGCAAAUACAUCUCUGGACAUGGUUUCUGCAAGUGCUAUGCUUAGAGUUGUUGCUCCUGUUUACGAUCGUCCAAAUCCACCCUUUGAUUUGGAACUGACAAGUCUUCUUGAAAGAAGUGUUCAGCUGUCAUGGAUACCAGGAGAUGAAAACAAUAGCCCGAUUACAGAUUUCAUCAUUGAAUACGAAGAUGCCUUGCAUGAGCCCGGCAUAUGGCAUUACCAGACUGAUGUUCCUGGAACACAGACAACAGUAGAGUUGAAACUUUCUCCUUAUGUAAAAUAUUCUUUCCGUGUAAUUGCUGUCAACAGUAUUGGUAGAAGUCUGCCCAGUGAAGCAUCGGAAUAUUAUAUGACGAAAGCAGCAGAACCAGAAGAGAAUCCUACUGCUGUUGAAGGAAUAGGAUCAGAGCCUGAUAAUUUGGUGAUUACAUGGCAGCCCUUAAAAGGUUUUGAUUCUAAUGGACCUGGUCUUCAGUAUAAAGUCAGCUGGCGCCAGAAAGAUGGUGACGAUGAGUGGACAUCUGUUGUAGUUGCAAAUGUAUCCAAGUACAUCGUAUCAGGCACACCAACCUUUGUUCCAUAUCUGGUGAAAGUACAGGCACUAAAUGAUGUGGGAUUUGCUCCAGAGCCAAUGAUAAUCAUAGGCCAUUCUGGAGAAGACUUACCUAUGGUGGCUCCCAGCAAUGUGCAUGUGAAUGUGGUGAACAGCACUUUGGCUGAGGUGCACUGGGAGCCAGUACCCCCAAAAAGUGUUCGAGGACACUUGAAAGGCUAUCGGAUUUACUACUGGAAAGUGAAAAAUUCAUCUAAGAGAAACAGGCGCCAUGUUGAGAAAAAAAUCCUCACCUUCAGUGGUAACAAGACCCAUGGCAUGUUGCCAGGCCUGGAGCCUUUUAGCCAUUACACGCUGAAUGUUCGAGUUGUCAAUGGGAAAGGGGAGGGGCCUGCCAGUGUUGACCAAGUAUUCAAUACUCCAGAAGGAGUUCCCAGUGCUCCUCUUUUUCUGAAGAUUGUUAAUCCAACCCUGGAUUCACUAACUCUGGAAUGGGAUCCACCGAGUCAUCCGAAUGGUAUUUUGACGGCAUAUACCCUGAAGUUUCAGCCAAUUAACAGCACACAUGAAUUGGGCCCUUUGGUAGAUUUAAAAAUUGCAGCCAACAUGACAAGUCUGGUUUUAAGAAAUUUAAGUUACAGCACGCGCUACAAGUUUUAUUUCUAUGCACAAACCUCAGCAGGAUCUGGAAGUCAAAUUACUGAGGAAGCUGUGACCACUGUGGAUGAAGGUAAGAUGGCUGGUGUUCACCCACCUGCUGUAGGUGCAGACAAAGGAUAUUCAGAAAUCCAUUUUUCAACUUUUCCUGCUAUGCAUACUAGCCGUCCAACGUUCUAUAAGGUUCGACCAGUUAAUCCAAGGAUCCGAAAUGUUACUGCAGUUGCCGCUGAAACCUAUGCCAACAUCAGUUGGGAAUAUGAGGGACCAGAUCAUGUCCACUUUUAUGUUGAACAUGUUAUAGCAGGGAGCAAAGAAGAAUGGCGAAAAGAAAUUGUAAAUGGUUCUCAGAGCUUCUUUGGGUUAAAGGGUCUCCUGCCAGGAACAGCAUACAGAGUUCGAGUUGGUGCUGAGGGGGACUCGGGUUUUGUGAGUUCUGAGGAUAUGUUUCAUACAGGUCCAGCAAUGGCAAGCCGGCAAGUGGACAUUGCAACUCAAGGCUGGUUCAUUGGUCUGAUGUGUGCUGUUGCUCUUCUCAUCUUGAUUUUGCUGAUCGUUUGCUUCAUCAGAAGAAACAAGGGUGGUAAAUAUCCAGUCAAAGAAAAAGAAGAUGCACACGCUGAUCCGGAAAUUCAGCCUAUGAAGGAAGACGAUGGAACUUUUGGAGAAUACAGGUCUCUUGAAAGCGAUGCAGAGGAUCACAAACCUUUAAAAAAGGGAAGUCGGACGCCUUCGGACAGGACUGUGAAAAAAGAAGACAGCGAUGAUAGUCUGGUUGACUAUGGAGAAGGGGUAAAUGGCCAGUUCAAUGAGGAUGGUUCCUUUAUUGGACAAUACAGUGGUAAGAAAGAGAAAGAACCAGCUGAAGGGAAUGAAAGUUCUGAGGCUCCUUCUCCCGUCAAUGCCAUGAACUCCUUUGUUUAAUCUUUGAAUUCACUGCCGACACACCCGUGUUCUCCGUGAUAUUUUUUAAAAGCACUAGUAUGUCAGCCUUCUCACACUGUGAACAUGUAGGUAGAAAAGUUACUUUCUACUGUGUGUUUAUACCAUGAGACAGAUAGAUCAAACAUUUACACAAAUGAAUAACUCAGUAAAAGUGGUACAUUAGUGUCGAUUGGAGUACAAAAUGCAGACUUUUCAUUCAAAAUGCGUAUCUUUUAGAAAUUUCUUCAGAACUGACAAAUAAUACAACAACAGACAAUGUUAUUUCCUGGUGAAGAUACAGUGCAAUGCAUGAAAAAUGCUACCACAUUCUACAAAAAAAACCUGUAUAUGUUAUUAAAACAGGGUUUGAUAUUUUGUAAUGCAGUCCUUGGCUGAAUCCCUAGAUAUGAAUUCCAUUUUCAUUGUCAAGAGUGUUAUCGUAGUAUUAUCUAGAACUUCAAUGUCUUUGUGGACAUUGUUGUGAAAUUGGUGACUUAAUGUCUAGCUAUCAUAAGUCUUCUUGCAAGACAAUUAGGAACAGUAUAUACAGUAUAGAAUUGCUAAAUGAGUGAAGUAUGACACUUGCAUUUGCUUACUGAGAUUCUUAUUACCUUCUCUUUGCUCCUAUUACUUUAUCGCCUUCUAAAUCUAUCGAGUAUUACAGCAGUACAGUGUUCUGUUUUUUUUUUCCAUCUAGACAGUGGAUUGUUUAGGCAAAAACAACAUGCAUUUCAGUGCAUUUUGAAAUCAGUACAGUCCUGAAGCAAAUUGAAAGCAAACCAUUUAAAAUUUUCUUCGAACAAAUAAAAAAAAAAUCCAGAAAACACAGAGCAAGAUACAUUCAGUGCCUUCAUACAAUAUGCAUUCCAUAAUAUGCUACCCUGCUAAAAUCAGUUGGUGUAAUAAAAGUGGAUCAGUGGACUACCAUCACUGCCAAAAAAAAAAAAACCCACCUUUUUAAACAACCUAGAAGCAAUGAAAGUCUUUGUGCUGCAAAAUGGAAACACCAUUUCAAAGGCAUGAAAGUACUGUGUGUUUUGAGGGUUUGUUUCUUGAGGAUUGAAAAAAAAGCUUCACAACCAACCAGAGCACAUAUCAUGAUUGCGUAGCCUUAUAGGUUUUCCAAAAACAAAACAAAACAAAAUAAAAACAAUCAAAUUCAGCUAGGGAAGCAAGAGAUCAACUUGGUGGCAAAACAUAAACAAAAACAAUCUGUUUGCUCCAAAAGGCCAUGACACCAUGCCAACAGCUGUACAUGAUCCUCUAAGUCUUUACUUGACCCAUGUGGCAGCUUUUCGAACCAUGUACAGCAUUAAGCAAUGUGUAUAUAAAUUGUUAUGGACAACUUCAGAAUCUGAGAACUCUGACAAGUGCUAAUAAGGCCUAGUGGUUAAAAGGAUUACAGUUAUUAGUUUAAAAAAAAAACAGCAUUCUCUCACAUUCAUGAACUCUAUCAAAUGGUUUACCUCCAAAUAUGAAAUUUUAUAACAACCUAUGGUUGAAGGAAUGCUCAGUUUCAUUUGCCAAUAAAUUGGUUUCUCAUAACUUGCAUCAAGUUUAAUUUUAAGUAAAGCUUUUUAUAUGUAGAUAUUUUGUUGAAUUUGUAAAUACACUUAAAGUGUAGAUGCUAUAUGCUUAUAGGUGUUACAUACAAAUAAACACAAUCAAAAUGUUUAUGUUGUACUGUGUAAGAAGUAUGAUAGCCGGUGGAGUGCAUGGGAUUUGAAAGCAUCUACUUAUACAUCUUUUUUCUUUUCCUUUUUUUUUUUUUUGCUGUGAAACAAAUAGUGAACUGUUUAAUGUAUCAACAGGAGGUUUCUAGAUAAAAUCUUCAGAGCUAAUGCCUGUGGGGUACAAUAGGCCUUAGUCAUCUAGCCGCUUUUAUGUGUGUAGGUAAAGCACAGUCUGAAGGAAUCCCAAAUGAAGAUGGCCACAUAUUCUUUCAUAGCACUGCAUUUGCUUCUCCCAAAUCAGCCUUCACAUUGAUACUAAAAAAAAAAAAAGACCAGAUUGAUCAGAGAGCACAAAAAUAAGUGUUACUAGGGAUUUACCAAUGUUCUUAGUAACAGAAGGAAAACAAGUACAAUUUUUACUCUUCUGUAAUGGUAGAUGCUAAAUUUAUCUGUGCAUGAAAGGGUCACUUCUGUAAUAGUGCAACAGAUUUUGUAAUUAAAAAAAUUAAAUGUGGUUUAAAAUUUC